AGAUUCUGAGCAUCUAAUGUUCUUGUUUUGGUGUUGCCUGUGGUGCAAUCGCAAAUAACGUAUUUGAAUAAGACUGUAUUUAUUAUUCCUAUACGCUCUUUGCAUAUAUGUUCUUUUCAAAUACGUUCUUUGGUAAAUUUUAAAAAUAAGUGGCAGCACAUUCACUUCAUUCCAAAAAUUCACGGUUUGGCAAUUUUAUUAUCGAUUGUGUUUAGCUGUGAAAGGUGCAGAAAGAUCGAAAUUAAUUCAUAAAAUUUGCUACAACUUUUAGUAAAUAUUUAAACAAGCUUUUUGUUUUUCUUGUGUAUUUGUGUUGAUUUUGCAAUAAAAAUUCAAAGUACUGCGGCUUAAAAUUUUGUUCUAUAGAAAAGAGUAUGCAUUACUGUUGGUGAAUAGUGGUGAUUAUGAAUAUGCUAAAGGAAGGCAACAGCGGAAAGCAGUAGCUACUACACAUAUUGCACAUAUAUUAAGGGAAAAAUAUACAAAAAGGAAAGGGACUUUCAGGCGUCGUCGUCGUCGUUUUCUUGGUAUACAGAUUUGUAUUAGAAACGCGACACUGCUAACUACAUUCAAGUGAAAAAAUUGAAUCGUUUGAGAGCAAUUAAAUCACAAGUAAAUCUGUAAAUUGCACAAUGACCAACAUGGAAAAGCAGCAUGAAAUGGUGAAACGCAGUCUGGUUCAAUUUAUCAGUGCACACAUUCCAGGGGCUGAUUUUAGCGUAGUUGAUGAAAUAGUUUUACAAUACAUCAUUUCUAUUUUAGAGGAAGCUUCACAGGAUCCUUGUUUCGAUGUUGAAGGCUUCGUUGAAAUGAUGAGCGCAUAUUUUGCGGAGUUCUCUUCAAUUGAUCAAGGAAUAAUUUGCGAAUGGAUAUAUAAAUUGGCAAAUGAAUUAAACGAAAUGGAAAAGAAUCAAGGAAAUCGUAAUUCUGCAUGUUUGUCGUUGAACUCUCUGAGUCUCUCUGAUAUUAUACCAGAGUCGAAAUUACGUGCGCGUAAUGCUUCCGUUUCCGAAAAGGAUGAACUAACUUCAAAUGGUGGAACUGCUGGUGGUGCCGGCUCUAAGCGUUCGCAACAUUUGUCUGAGACCAGUGAUGGUGGAUCUACCGAUAGUUCUACUUGCGAUUAUUUUUUGGAUGAAGCUGAAGUUUUACAAGAAAUGUUUCCGGACACUGCUUACGUUGAGGUUAAACAUUGUAUUGCCAUAGCCAAAGGAGACAUUGAUAGCGCUACUCAGAUAUUGUUACAUCGCCAAGAGACUGGACAAAGUUUAACCGAUAAGUCUAUUUCUAUUACUGGACGUAAAAAUAUUGUCGUGGACGAUGCGGAAUUAAAAAAUCGUAUUAUUGAGAGAUACUCGUACGUUGAUAAAAAUGCUACUCAGCGAGAAUACAAGCCUAUGGUACCGAAGUUCGAGCCAAAGAAAUUGGUUCGUUAUAGGGAUAAUAAGAUCGUUUCAUUAAAAGGCGAGCGAUAUACAGAAGUAAAGCGCGACGAGGAAGCUGAGUUAAAAAAACCCAAAAAGCAACUCCAACCGUAACUAAAGAUUUUGAAAUCAUGCCACAAGUAUUUUAUGAAAAAGUUGAAAAACCAGCAACUGAAAGAUAUAGAAGAGCAGCAGCUUCGUAGUUUUAAUCUCAAUUUGAUAUUAGAAAGUCUUAAACAAUUUAUUACUACCAUCUCACUGCUAAUAGCACACACAAAGGUAUUAACAAUAUCAAAAACACUAAAGAAGACACACCCACCCAUUAAGCGGGUUAGACCACUAUAUGAAACACCCGUAUUCUUAAAAAAAUCCAUCGAAUUUCAUAAAAGCAUACAAUUAUUAGACAAAGCGUCGUACAAUAACAAUCCUUUACGUGCUUGUAAGGCUUUUUACAACGAUUCAACUCUUACAUUGUUGAAACCAUUGCUUACUAAAAAUACAAUGUUUGAACGCCAUUACUUAAAAACCAAUUUCAAACUCGUAUUCGUUUCCGAAUAUAAUGCAGCUGAGUGCAUUUUUAAAUUAAACUCCAGAUGUGAAUCUUUUGUGAUUUCAAGUACUAUUACUAGGAUUUUAGAUCAUUUAUUGUACACUAAAUAUCAAGGCCAUACCAAUUUAGUAUACCGCUGCAUCCAUUCAAUCAACAUUUUACAGCAAGAUAAACAAAGUGUUAUUUGUAGUAAUAUAUCAAAUAUAGGUUUUAUCUUGUUCAUCAAUACAGCGUGGAACGUUUUAAAAAUAAUUUAUAAUUUUAUAGUAGUAUUUAUUGUUUCUGAUAUACAACUAAAACUUGAAAUUACUUACAAAUUUAAAUUUUUAUGAGCUAAUAUUUUGUUACGGGAAAUGAGUUGAUUUUACAACUGUCGAUAUUUGCUACUAUUACUUAUUAGGAAAUUAUGACGAUGUCGGCCGGCUGAUGGUUUGGCAAUCAGAUAGCAUAUUGAUCAAGGCAAACCACCAGCAAAACUAUUCAUGAGACUAAAUAAGCUAUAUUUAAUUCGAAAUUGCUGGAAUUAUAUACAUAUUUGUAUAUGUACUCGGCGCUUAAAAUAUAUUGGAUAACGGACUUUAUGUGCUAGACAGCGUCAAUGCACGUUGGUUAUAUGUAUGUGUGUUCAGAAAUAUUUCCACUUCAUUUAUUAUUGAUCCGUAUAUAUGAUAGCCGCUUUGUAACCACUGAAGCGAUUUUCGGCCGAGCUCCUCCUUAAAUUUGUGGUUUUGCGGCUUGAUGUGUAUCCAACAAACGGAGGGACCUACAUAUAAAUACAUAAGUGUAUGCAUUUAUUAGCCUUCAAAAUUGCUAUUACUUAAAGCCAUAUUUGAUAUUUUUUCGAAAGUUUUCUUUGAAAAGAAAAAAAAACGUAGAUAGACAUGUCUCAAAGACAAACAAGCUCAAAUAGACUUAUGGAUUUACUUGUAACUACAUAAAUAUGUUUAUAAAGCGAGUAAUGAUUUUUCUAAAUUAUAUUUUAUGCUCUAAUUAAAGUGUAUUGAAUUGAAUGAACGAAAUGCUUAGAAAAUAUGGGUGAAAGAUCAGAGAAGAAGUAAAAAAAUUUGAAAAAGACAUGACAUAUCAUAUCUCUUCAUAACUAUCCAUUAUUUUGCGCUGAAAUUCUUUUGUAUUUAUUUUUAUUUUAUUGUUGCGUUGAAAGUAUCACCCACGUAAAAGCGAAAAUUCGGUUAAUUAUAAGGUUAAUUAAAAAGUCAGUAUUUUUAAAGGCUUACUUAAGCUGGCAUUUCUAAUUUUAUCACUAGUUAAAUAUUGCUUAAAUGCUUAUCUAGAAAAUUUGAAUGGAAAUAAAAAUGGUUUUGUUUUCUACCGUUACGAAUUAAAGUGUUCCAACAUUGAUACCGAAAGCUAAAAAUCAGUUAUCAAAGCAAAUGUUGCCAAAAAUAAAGAUAGUAAAGAAGUCAAUAGAACCUAUAAAUACAAAAAAACCUACUAGUCUCACAUAUAGGUGAUCACAAAAGCCAUUUACCACUUUUGUUGUUCGAAGAAACGUGCGAAUAUGAAAUUGGAAUAGUAAUGGUCAUUCAGCACAGUAUUUGUCACCAUACAUAAAAUACACAAUACACGGUUAUAAAAUUUUGAAUUACAUAAAAAAUAUAAUAUAAACUCAUAAAUAUUUCACAAAGACUAUAUGAAAAUUUAAACUCGCUUAAAUUCAAACAUUGUAACUUAGUGUGCUUAAGUGUAAUUCCUGGUAAACUACAUAUAUAAAAUGCAAACUUCCUACAUAUAUUUACCAAUAUAUACUUAUAUUAACAAACAUACACAUCCACAUACACAUAUUAAAUAUUAAACUUAAAUUGAAAUCAAACAAAAUUAGUAUAGAAAGUAAAAGUGUAAACAUAAGCAUAUAAAGUUUAUUUUAAAACAACAAUAAAAACAAUGAUUGAGUUUUUAACCUUUUUUGGUGUUAAAAAUCUCUAAAGUUUGCACAAGUUUUAUACACAUUAUAUCGAUACCUAUUAUAUCAUUCGAAUGUCGAAACUGGAUUUCGUUUAAUCCACAUUAAGUUCGAUUUAUGUUUUAUAUAAAUCUAGAAGUUUUUGUUUUCAAAAUUCACAUAUGCACAUAUAAAUGUAUAUAUGGAUAAUUAUUUGUUAUAUUUCUUAAAACUAUAUAUUUUACAUAAGUUUCAUUUAUUUUAAAAAGAUUUAUUUAUUUUUUAUGAUAACAAAUGCUAUCCAUAUACAAGCUUACCAUUGUGCCCAUAGUAUGUAUUGUAAAAGAAAAUAUUAAUAACAGGGAUAUUCGCUUAGCCUGGGAAAUGCAUACUACAGUCCACGGACUGCAAAAAAAAAAACUUAUCAUAGGAAAAACAGGAAUAAAUUGGAAAAUAUUCUAUACCCAAACCAAAAUUGCAUUAAGAAAAUCCACAUUUUCCCAGGAACUUUUUGCAUCUCGGUGUAAGCGAAUAUCUCUAUUGUAUAGUUAUAAAAUACAUAUCAAUGAUGAAAUGUAUAGAUUCUCCGAAAAUACAUAUUUAAAUUUAGCAAUCGAUUGUAUAUCAAUUUAAGGCCUACAAUUUAAUAAUUGUCCAUUUGGCCAUACUGCACAUAUUUCGUCUUCGAUAUAUAUUAUAUAUUAUGGGCAUCAUGUUUAUUAACCAGUUAAAAUUGGAAAGUUUGUAUGGAUUGAACUGAAAUCAUAACCAACUCCAUUAUACAAAACAGACUUAUUGGCAUAUUAUUUAUUAAAAUGACAUAUAUUUAUGUUUACAAAAUCAUUAUUAUAUAGUUUUUGUUAAUGUAAUAACGGCAGCCCAUUAACGAUAGGUUUUAAUUUUUUAAAACAUAUUACUACACUUUAUCUGAUGACUAAAACGGUUGAAUUCACAAAUGAAUUAUUACAUAUAUAUACUAAAACUGAUAUUACGCUUCGAAAUAAUAGCAACGCAUUGUCCUUACAUCGUUUAUUUAUCUGAAUAAAAUAUUACAACUUUUUAUGUAAAAUUCUUGCCUGAAUUAAUACCCAAAGAAUUGUGUUAACACAUACAUAUGUAUCUCUCUUUCUAAGUUUACAUUUGAUAAGUUUCUUUAUAUUUAUUUAUUGUGAUAUUAGUAUAAUUUCAUCACAAUUGAAGAUUAAUACACUUUAACCUAAUGCACAUUAACAUUAAAAAGAAGUACGUGUGUAUAUAAAUAUUUAUAAACACGUACACACAUACCUAACAUAAUAUAAUAUCUACUCACUAAAGUGAAAACCAAAUGUUUUUGAAAAGUUCAUUAAAAAUAAAUCCACUAUCAACACUAGAAUGAAAA